AUGAUCUUCGCUAUCUUCGAUCACCACCUUCUCAAAUCUCAUGCACUCGCUUUCCUUAACCGUGUCAGAUCCUCCCUCAUCGAAACCCUAAAUCAAAAUGACAACUUUGUCCCUUUCUCCCUUCAGACACAAUUCGAUUCAGUUUUCAACGAAACCCUAAAUUUCUAUGAUUUAUCUCCUUCCGGUAACGAGAAGAGUUCGCCGUUGACCACGCUUCCUCUAAUUGGGAAACCUGGUGAAGGCUUGAAGAAAAAGAAGAGACUUAUUGACGAUGGAAAAGACGCUGCGUUGGUUGAUUUAUCAGACGACGCCGUUUCGUUGCCGUUUGCAAAGGUGAAUGAUCGUCAGAAAGCGAAGCAUGUAUGGAAAAAGCACGUUUGGGUUGUGUUGUUGCUUGAUUUGUUUGUUUGUGCGGUUUUGUUUGUUAUUUGGUUAUGGGUUUGCAGCGGUUUCAAAUGCAUGGCUUAUUGAAUUUUCAAAUCCCAAAUUUUUCUUCAAGAAGAAAAAAUGGCCACUUUUUUUUUUUUUUUUCUGUUACGGUUUUUUUUGUCCCUUCUAUGAGGGGAUUCUUAGUUUCUCGUUUAAUGGAAGUGCAGAAUAUAGAUUUGGAGGAAAAUCGGUAUUUCCAUGUAAUUGGGGUUUCGGUUGCUUUUUCAUCAGUUUUUUUUUUUUGUUCCUUUUUUCUUGAUGGAAAUUGCAUCCGAAGAUCUUGUUAUUUUCCGGACAAUCCUGGUCUGAUCGUGUUUUGUCUCAUACAAUUGUUUGAGAAUUUGUAUUUGCUCAAUUGUGCAAAGUUACAGUUUCCUCAUUUCAGGUGUUUAAUAUCUGUUCUAUAUACUGACUACUGAGCAUUAUUGAUUGUUACU